AAACUGAAUAUAUUCAGAAACAAGCUUAAUGAACACAUACACAUGUAACAAGAUUACUCAACUCCACGCUUCCUACAUUUAUUGAACCACAACCACACCUCACUACGUCUUGUGAAAGUACAGCAAAGAGAAAGUGAGGAUCAUGUUAGCUUGAACAUAUACAGUCCAACUGUGUGCGUAUAACUAACUAGCCAACCGGUUGAGUAUUGAGCCCGUACAAAAACUUUCUUUAACCCACUUUCGUAUUCUCGCGAUGAUCUUUCGCCAUUCACCGUUGUUUAGGCUCCAGUGUGUAUAGUUUGGCAGUCAGUAGUGGUGUGUGCCCUACCAUCAAUCCCAGUGUAAUCCCUGUGCAUUAGUGGUGGGAUGUUCUUGUGGGGGUACACUUUGUGAAGCAGACAAGUGGGACACAGCUUAUUAUUUUUCUUCUCCCGCUACGGCGGCUGAUAAUUGGAUGCGUUAUGUGUGAUAUGCAGAAAAUGCCUACACAUGAUGAUGCCUCUUGUGAGGAAGACUCGGAGAUGAAUUUUGCAGCAUUUUCAGCAAUGGGGGCUGGGACACACUUUGUGACCACAAACGGACAGUUGCCUGUCACAAAGAUACAACAAAAUCCAAAUAAUGGAACACAGUUGUCUCAGGUGGUUGGCAUGGUAGGUGGAGUGAACAUGGGUGACGGUGUGCAGUACCUCCGCACUCUGGAUGGCACAGCACUGCAGGCUACACCCCAGCUCAUAUCUGUGCCUAUAUCCUUACCUGGUGCUAAACCAGGUGACCCACAACCGACAGUGCAGAUACAGGUGUUAAGUCCAAACUUAAUACAACAACAGCAACCCAAAUACCAGAUGCAAAUCCCUAUACAAGGUUUUCAGCAAGGUGGUACAGUACUCACAGUAGCAUACUCACCUGAUGCAAAUGAUGGCAUUCAACUACUAGGAAAUACAUUACCUGAAGGUACAUUCAGGAUAAGACCAGGGCUGCAGGUGGUGGCUGCGCUGCCGCAGGACAUGCAGCUGAUGCAGGGCCAGGGCAAUAAGGAGCAGGUGCAGCAGACUAUGCAGCAUCAGGUGUUCAUAACACAAAAUCAACAAAUAGUGAUAAGCAACCCGGAGGAGGCAAAGCAGAUGAUGAACAACAACAACAACAACAACGAGGUCGCGGACAUCAUCAUCAAGGAGGAAGAGUGCGAGGAGAACGAUGAUGAGGACUCGCAAGGCACAGAAAACAGCGAGGGCAUGCCGUGGCAGCUGUCCAGCUCACAGCAGGACCUCGUCAAGUACCUCAACACCCUGCCUGCACAGCAAAGUCAAGCGCUGCCUGUGUCACUCCAGCAAUUCUUGCGGUUGAACCCUUCGGACGCCAAGAAGAUGGAGAGCAUCGAGGUGGAGCUCACCCCCAUCAGUGCACAAGGGGAAGAUAAAAAGGAUAAUGCUGAUGUAUCUAUGGAUGAAGGCGGCGCCGGCGGCGCGGGCGGCGCGAAGAAGAAGAAGAAGUACAAGAAGAAGGCGGCGCGCGCCGCGCGGCCCAAGCCCGGGACGGUGGUGAUCGCGGCGGCGGCCGACGGCACGCCCAUCUUCUGCUGCCCCGAGUGCCAGCUCGCCUUCGCCGAGAAGGAGCAGCUCGAGUCGCACCUCGCCGUGCACAAGAUCGAGCGCCGCUUCAUCUGCGGCAUCUGCGGCGCCGGGCUGAAGCGCAAGGAGCACCUGGAGCGGCACAAGCUGGCGCACAACCCCGAGCGGCCCUACGUGUGCGGCGUGUGCGGCAAGGGCUUCAAGCGGCGCGAGCACCUCAACCUGCACGUCGUCAUACACUCCGGCGUCAAGAGCGAGCUCUGCGGCGUGUGCGGCAAAGGCUUCUACCGCAAGGACCACCUGCGCAAGCACACGCGCUCGCACGAGAGCAAGCGCGCCAAGGACGAGGCGAGCGGCGAAGCGUUCGAGCUCAAGCCCGUCCCCGCCGCCCCCACCGCCGCCUCGCAGCACACGCUGAUGCCCGAGAUCACUAUACACGUGCCGACGAGUUCGAACAUGCAGGUACCAGUACAAAUAAACAUCCCGCAGCACGUGAUGACGUCGCUGGCGGCGGCGCAGGCCCGCUCGCCGAGCACCGGGAGCCCCAGCAGCGCGGGCGCCACCGCAGGGCCCGGGGCCUCCGGGGGCAACGAGUCGCAGCUCGACGCGCUGCUCGCGCAGCACACGUGACACUUAGAUACCAUUGACAUAGACUGCGAAGAUGACAAGGUCCGCACCUGACGGGACACCCGCGCUCUGCUCGUCGCUAUACCCACCACCUAUCCAAACUAUUACUUGUUUUCCCCAUAAUUACGAGUUUGCACAAAUCCUACAAACGGGAAAACAAAUUCUAAAUCGACCAACCACCGACGAGAUGUCACGAUAAUCAAUAUUGAAAUGAAAUCGCUUUAAGGACAAAAUAAAUACUCCAAUUAGCAUAGUUCUCUUUAUAAAAUCGAUUUACUGUUAAGUCUUCAACCAUGAACACUCGUGUAAAAUUGAUAAGUUAUUUGUACAUACUUAGUGAUAGGUAAUCGGAUUUGAAUCACUUAUGUGUAAGUUGGAUCUUAUGAGAGUGUUGGUCAUGUAAAUUGCACUCGAUAAACACUUUGACGAGAUAUUGUGGCCCCUUUUGACGAUGUGUUCGUACGGAUGUAGACAGUUUGCCAUCGCACAAGUUCGUAAUAGACAUAUCACACGUGAUUUUUAUUAUAAUCGAUUCCAAUUUUAUCGUACGAACACAUUUCAAUUUGGCCGAGAAUAACUAAGGGUAAAAGCUUAUCUAAUAAAUUAUUAGCCGUUAGAUACAUAAUUGUCAAUGGAUUCUCUAAGUUUGAAAAAAAUAAUGGAAAUAAUAAAGUUAAGAUCGAUAUUUUAAUGUUAUACCAGUGAUUUUUAUAGUCUGAAUGAUAAUUUACUUUAGUCCGUAUGUCUGAGCAAGUAUUUCUGUAAUCGCGUAAGUCGUAUCGAAAGCAAUAAAUAUUGUUAUUAAUAUAAUAAUCAUGAAGUUCAUAUAUGUGUGAAAUUGCUAAAAUGUUUGCAAUUAUUCAAUUCUAUUCUAAUAGUUAUCCGUCCACUUUUAUCCAAACACCAAUCUUUUAAUCAGAUUGUAUUUUUUUUAUCUUCCUUCUCAGUUAAUUAUAAAUAAAUUAAUCAAAUUAAUAAAUCAAAUUAUGGAUAAUUUCUUUAUCAUAACAUAGCAAAUCGUAGAAGUGUCAAAUAGAUUUUACAAUCAAGUAAAAUAUUAAAAACGUAGUUCUGUGAUGAAUUGCUUGAAGGGUCAAAUAUGUCACUUGCUCUUACGAUUCAUGUAGAGGAGGAAAACAUACCACAUACAUCCAGUAUUAUUCCGUUUCGGUAUUUUGUCACAAGAGUGUCUUUGGAUGCGUUGCUUAUUCUUUUGUGGAUGAUUGGAGUUCAUUUCUUACUUUUUUUUUGAGAGAUGAUUUCUUACUUUUUGUAAGAAAGGUGCCCAUGUUCACACAAUAUAGGGAGUUAGUCUUUUAAUAAUGAUGUUAUAAUAGUUAAUUUAACACGGAGUUAGAACUGUACAUUUUUUGUAAUAAAAAAGGGAUAACGACACGUCACCGGCAAGGCUGCACUUGAUUUAUAGCAAAAUUUAAAUCAAGUUCUGUCGGUAUGUAUGGGGUCUGAAUGUAUUGAUUAUUAAUGAAUCUGGUAAUCAUUUGCAAGUCUUUUUACAAAGUACAUGUUUGUUGGAAUUUUUUCAUGUCUGCAUAUGCUGCUGUUAGAAAUUGAGCAAAUUAAAACAUCUCACAUGUAUUUUCCACUUUAUGUAAAGUGUACAUAAUAGAAUAUCACUGUGAUAUAAGGAUCGCUCCCACUUGCUAAUGUUGACUAUUGCGUUUGUAUAUACUUACCAUUAUUAUAAGAACACCGAAUUUUAUAUUUAAAUAUAACAAUAAAUUGUUGUUUUAUGAAAAAAGUGGUUGGAGGGUGUUCAGCGCACAUAGAUGGUAAUGUAGAUAAAAUAAAAUGACUUUAAUGGACAUCAUCCAUAAUCAUGAAUCGCUUCUUGCCUUCACAAGUUUUUCUUUUUAAUAAGUCAGUAUUGAUUGUUCCCUGUCCUUCAUAAGUGUUGCUACAUAGGGCCGGGGGUAGCGCGUGUCGCGUGUCGCGUGCCGAUACAAAACAAAUCAUCACAAACAGCUUUAACACGGUGUAUAUUCAUUUUGAAUUAUAUUUU